CCUUCAGCACCCCCAAGGUCCAUGUAGAGAACAGCAGCAGCGGGGACACGUUGCAGUGCGAAGCACCACGCUGGUUCCCUCGACCCGCCGUGCGCUGGACAGCCUACAGCGACGCCGGCGGGUACCUGCCUCGCGUUGCCAACACCAGCUACGAGCUGAAUGCUGAAAAUAUCACUCUGAAAGUGAUUUCAUUUCUGCGCAACAUUACUGCUAACGCCACCUAUACCUGCGUGAUUGAAAACAACAUUGCUAAGGCUACAGGCAACAUCAAAGUGACAGGUAUAGUUUAA